AUGAGCCCAAGCACACCGCUCAAAUUCGCCGUCGCCCUGUUCGAGGGCUUCCAGGCCCUCGACGUCUUCGGCCCGCUGGACAUGCUCAACCAGGUGUCCAAGACCGAGGCCAUCGAGUUCGUCGUGCUGGGCCAUACACUCAAUCCCAUCUCCACGCUGAACAAGGUGGCAGGCGUGCCUACGCCGCCGACCAUCGGGCAGAGCGUCGUGCCAACACACACCUUCGACGAUGCGCCCGACGACAUCGAGGUGCUGCUCGUGCCGGGCGGCAUUGGUGCGCGAGACCUGGAGCAUUCCCAAAAGGUGGUGGACUUCAUCAAGGGGCGGUACCCGAAGCUCAAGUACCUGCUUACCGUCUGCACUGGGAGUGCGUUGGCCGCGAGGGCUGGGGUGUUGGACGGCAGAGAGGCCACGUCCAACAAGAAGUCAUUCAAAUGGGUCGUAUCCCAGAGGAACGAGGUCAAGUGGGUUCAGGAAGCGCGAUGGGUGGUUGAUGGGAACAUCUGGACAUCCUCUGGCAUCUCGGCCGGUAUCGACAUGAUGCUGGCCUUUAUCAAGCACCAGUUCGGCGACAAGCUGGCCGAGGACGUCGCCAUCGCGUCAGAGUAUGUGUGGAACAAAGAUUCUCGUGAUGACCGCUUCGCCAAGCAUUGGUUUUAA